AUGGGUACUCCUCAUGUCUGCUUUGCCGAUGAGCAGCAGCAGGAACUGCAACAACAACACAGGACAGCCAGUAAUGGCAGCCUGAACAACAACAACAACAAACUGGAUGUGGGCUACAACAACACCGCUGGCACUCCAUCGCCGGGCGGCAGUCUCAGCGUUUCGCCAACACCGCGCUACGAACGCAAUCUGGGCUUCUUUCGGCAGCUGAGCCGCCGCUUCGGCCUGAGGUCGCAGGAUGACCUAGUUCACUCCGAUGACGCAGCCAGCGUUGCAACAUCGAGGAGCGGAGGAGGCGGGUGCGGAGGUGGAGUAGCCGGGGUCACUCUCCAGGAGGAGGACGCGCACAGUUCAUCGACCGACUCGUGCUCCUCGGGGCGUGGCCUCAACGCUCACCAGUCGCGUCUGGAGCUGAUGUCCAUGUCGUGCGCCUCCAGCGAAACGAGCAGCACGCUGGACAUCGAGGAGCAGCAGGAGCAAAUGCAGCAGCAGCACUUGCAGCAACAACAGGCGCAGCUAUCGAAGCGGAAGCCGAUUAGCCGGUCCAGCUUCUCGCGUCUCCAUCGGCGCUCCACAUCCUCGCUGCGUCGCGCCUUCGAGAGCCUUUCGCUCACCUCCCGUUCGCUGUCCUGCAGCGGUCCCUCCCCUCCUCCGCCUCCUCUUCCCCCAGCCGGCGCACAGCCAGCAGCUGCAUUGCCUUUGAAGUCGGCUCUCAAAUCCGCCUCGAAUGUCGAGCUGCACAGGCAGCAACAGCAACAACAAAAGCAACCAACAGGCAGGUCAUCAUCAUCAGCGUGCUGCGGUUCAGCGUCCAAAAACAAGGUGAAGCCGCCGCCGCAAAGGAUCCUGCGGCAACCCGUCUCCUACACAUAUCUCAAAGGCAUGUCAGGUCUGCCUACGCAGCGAGUGCCGCGCAGCUCCGUUUGCUGUCAGUACGCCAGGCGUUAA